AUGCAGUCCUUACUACGAUGGUCGAUAGAGAACUCAGAUGGUUCAGCACCGGACCCCUCGCGCGCCAAGGACCUAGAUCCCGGGAUCAUCGACAUGAUAUUGGGGAAACCAGAUGCGGUACAAAUGAAGGAAGAUCUGUCAGUUGCCGUAGAUGAGGCUCGCUCGGAGGAGGACAGAAUCAGUGCACUGGAUCACCUGGAAAUGCUUGUUGAGAGUAUAGACAACGCUAACGACCUGGAGAAGCUAAAGAUGUGGGAGCCUCUACACUCUUUAUUCCAAGCCGCAUCGUCAACACCGGUCAUAAAAAUGCAGACACUUUGGGUCAUCGGGACGGCACUUCAAAACAAUCCAGCGGCACAACAUGCUUAUCUCAGCUACUCCCCUCUACAAGCUCUGACCUCCUUCCUUAAACCAUCUCCUUCAUCGUCACCACAGAUCCGUUCGAAGGUCAUCUACGUACUCUCCGGUUUACUCAAGCAUAACGCUCUGUCGUUGAAUGCCCUUGGACCCGACGGAUGGGAGACGCUGAAAUCUGGAUUGCAAGAUCCAGACAUUGCUGUGCGCCGCAAGAUCAUCUUCUUGCUGAACACCCUUAUCCUCCCCACGGCCGCGGACCAAUCCAACAGUUCUUCGAAUCUCUCCCAACCGGAACAUGUCCAUUCCAACUCGCAUGCGUCUAUGCUUUCUGAUCCAUCAAAUAUAUCCACAUCGCCGAUCGCUUUGAAGGCAAUCAGAGACCAUGGUAUACUAUCUGCCGUCGUAUCUGGCCUCGUUUCCCCAUCGCCGUACGGAGAGGAUGGUGACCAGGUUGACCUCGAUGAAGACUACGAAGAGAAAUCCAUUCGUCUGUUGCAUACUUACUGUGACACAUGUCGAGGCGAGAUCCCACCAUCGGAUAAGUCCCCUCUCAAGACAUGGAUAUUGGAACGUGAAGCCUCGCAAGGAGGCCCAACGCAACUGGCCGAAAAAUGGGGGUUGGGUUUAGGAGAAUUAGAGUCGCUGAAGAGAGCAGCUACAUAA